AUGCCGUUGGUGAAGAGGAACAUCGAGCCCAGGCACCUGUGCCGUGGUGCUCUGCCGGAUGGAGUGACCAGCGAGUUAGAGUGCGUCACUAACAGCACGUUGGCCGCCAUCAUCAAGCAGCUCGGCAGUCUCAGUCGCCAUGCAGAGGACAUUUUCGGAGAGCUGUUUAACGAAGCCAACAGCUUCUACCUGAGGAUGAGCAGCCUGCAGGAGAGAGUGGAUCAGCUGGCUGUGAAAGUGACCCAGCUCGACUCCACAGUGGAGGAAGUCUCCCUGCAGGAUAUCAACAUGAGGAAGGCGUUUAAGAGCAGUACCAUCCAGGACCAGCAGGUGGUGUCGAGGACGUCGGUGCCGAACCCCGUGGUGGAGAUGUACCAUCGCUGUGACAAACCUCCACCGCUCAACAUCCUCAGCCCCUACAGGGACGACAAGAAGGACGCUCUGAAGUUCUACACUGACCCGUCGUACUUCUUUAACCUGUGGAAGGAGAAGAUGCUGCAGGCCACCGAGGACAAACGUAAAGAGAAGAGGCGGCAGAAGGGCUGUCCGGCCCACCCUGACAGGCCCCACUCCAGACAGGCCCCACCCAGGAGCCCCCUGUCCAUCUCUGAGCAGCAGAAGCAGGUCGAGGAUCCGGGACGAGAGGUCAAGAAGGUGCGUAAGGCUCGUAACCGACGUCAGGAGUGGAACGUCCUGGCCUACGACAAAGAGUUCAGACCGGACGCCAGGCUCACCCCCUCCCCGUAUCACGGCAUGUCCUCAGAGGGCUCCCUGUCUCCUGAUAGCAGGUCAAUGGCGUCGGACUCCUACCCAGCCAGCCCCAACCACCCCUCCACCCAGCCACCCAGCGCAGCCCAACCUACCGACCCGCACGCCAGGGACCUCCUCAGCGCCGCGGCCCAGACCCAGUCGCUGGACCGGGGCCUCAGGCCAGCCAACCAGCCGCCUGGACCAGCGGGGGCGGCAGCGGCGGGGCGACAUGCAGCCUCUCUGGGCCGAACCCCAUCAGGACACGGAGUCCAACCCGGAGGAGAUCCAACGGUUAACGGGCCGAGGCAGCAGUCGGUUAAGGACUACCGGGCCGGGCAUGGCCAACCCUCCACCAUCCCAGAGUACUACAUCCCCCCUGCCCCUCCCCCUCCUCCCCCAACCAUCCCCUCCGCUCAGACCGCCUUCGACUCCACCACAGCCCCGCCCCCCGGCGCCGCCUCCGCUGUCCCCCCCACCUCCUCCACUCUGUCCCGUCCCUACUCCCCCUCCCCUCCUCCUCCCCCGGCCAACUACGUGCCCUCUCCCUCCCACCCUCCAUCGGGCGCCCCUCCGGCCGCUCCCCCUCCCCCACCGCCCGGAGGCUCCGUGGGUCAUCCGGCCCACCCGUCCCCGCCGCACGCCGCCGUCGGCCAGGCGGCUGUGGAUGCUCAGCCUCAGGCGAGGAAGUCCACCAUGCUGGGGAUGAUACCGAUGAGCGACGCCCGCUCAGACCUGCUGGCUGCCAUACGUAGAGGUAUCCAGCUGAGGAAGGUGCAGGAGCAGAGGGAGCAGGAGGCGAAGAGGGAGCCCGUCGGCAAUGACGUGGCCACCAUCCUGUCGCGCCGCAUCGCCGUGGAGUACAGCGAGUCAGACGACGACUCCGAGCUCGACGAGAACGAGUGGUCUGACUAA